AUCACUCGCCUUUUUCCUUGAGCGUCUCGCCAACGAAACAGAGGGUUAAACCUUCGACACUAAGCAAAAGAAGAUCCCUUUUCCCCUCGCUUCUCUCGCAUUCGUAUUCUAUUUUUCUGAGUGUGGGGUUUCCUGUGGGGGUGUGCGAGAGAGAGAGAGGCAUCGGAGGGGAGAAUGGGAGUAAUCUCGAACAAGAUCUCCAGAGAUGAACUCAAACCAGGGGAUCACAUCUAUUCAUGGCGUCACGCCUACGUCUACGCCCAUCACGGAAUAUAUGUAGGUGAUGGAAAGGUCAUCCAUUUCACCCGUGGAGCUGGUCAAGAAAUCGGAACUGGGACAUUCUUGGAUAACAUCAUCGUUAGUUCAUCCCCCAGCCAUGGAGACUGCCCCUGUCCAAACUGCGGCGAUCAAUCCAACCUUGAUGGAGUUAUCUCUUCUUGCCUAGAAUGCUUCCUCUCAGGAGGCGAUCUCUACAUCUUUGAGUAUGGAGUAAAUCCUGUUGUCUUUCUCGCCAAACCUCGGGGUGGUACCUGCACAUUAGCGUCCUCAGACCCUCCAGAGGAGGUCAUCCACCGUGCGAAAUUCCUCUUGCAGAACGGGUUUGGCGUUUACAACGUUUUUAAGAACAACUGUGAAGAUUUUGCAAUCUAUUGCAAAACAAGUCUGCUGGUUUAUACAAACAUGAGCGUGGGAAGGAGCGGCCAAGCUGCUUCAAUAUUUGCAGCUUUCAGUGCCGUUGCUUCUACACCACUCAGGUAUCUGACCACGAGUUUCAGCGGUUUGGCUGUGGUCGGGUAUGGUAUGUACUGCAUGGGUCGGCUGGUUUCUGAUAUAGGGGUCCGUAGGGACGUGAGCAAGGUGCCCGUGGAGAGGCUGGUUGCCCUACCGACUACUGAUGUGGCUUCCGAAGGCAAACCGGAUGACAAGAAAGGGAGAUAAACCGGGUUGCUAAUACCGGUUUGGGGCCGGUUUUGGAGGAUGGUUGAUGGGGUAAUUCUUGUGGGGGAAAGUAGAGAUUUCUGCUUCUGAUUUAUUCUUGUUUGCCUCGUGUGCUGUCACUGCUGUGUAAUAUUGAACUAUGAUGUCUCUAUGGGUAAUACCUGGGAAUGGUUCAGGUACUGCUCUGGUCUAAUUAUGUAAUAAAAGGCGAUGGUUUUAUUA